GCACCAAAAUGAAAAAAACUAGAUAAAAAAAAGUCAAAAAGUCAAAAUCUAAAAAACCCUUCCUCCCUCAUUCUCCCCCCACUCUACACACAAGAGCCUGUAUAUAUAUACCCCUCUCUCUCUCUCUGAUCAUGAUCACCAAGCAACGAUUACUGAUAUAGCGAGGAGCAAGCAAGAGAGCGAGAGAGAGAGAGAGAGAGAGAGAGAGAGCGCGAGAGAGAAAGCACGAGUGAGAGAGAACGAGAGAGAUAGCGCGAGAGAGAAUGUGUGGGAUAUUUGCGUACUUGAAUUACGGAGUGAACAGAGAGAGAGGUUACAUUCUUCAAGUUCUCUUCAAUGGACUUCGCCGAUUGGAGUAUAGAGGCUAUGAUUCUGCUGGAAUCUCGAUUGAUUCUGUCAGCGAUUCCAGUCUUUGCAGCUCGCCGCUUGUUUUUCGACAAGCUGGAAAUAUCGAAUCUCUUGUCAAAGCUGUUUAUCAAGAGGUCGCCUCAACAUAUAUAAAUUUGGAAGAAGCAUACUCGGUUCACGCUGGAAUUGCACACACCCGGUGGGCAACACAUGGCGAACCAGCUCCAAGGAAUAGCCAUCCUCAGUCUUCCGGCAGUGGAAAUGACUUCUUGGUUGUUCACAAUGGAGUCAUCACUAAUUAUGAGGUGUUGAAACAAACACUGAUUCGUCAUGGGUUUAAUUUUGAAUCUGAAACAGACACAGAAGUGAUUCCGAAGCUUGCAAAGUUUGUAUUUGACCAAGCAAAUGAAGGUGAUCAGACUGUUACAUUUAGUCAGGUUGUACUGGAAGUUAUGAGGCACCUUGAAGGGGCAUAUGCUCUAAUUUUUAAAAGCCGGCAUUAUCCAAACGAAUUAAUUGCCUGUAAGCGUGGCAGUCCGUUGCUGCUCGGUGUGAAAGAAUAUCCUGGGGAUGGAGAAACCCCUGCUUCGUUCAAUGAUGCUAGGUUCCUUUCAACAAAUGGUGAUCCGAAAGAACUGUAUUUUUCAAGUGAUGCUCAUGCACUGGUCGAACACACAAAGAAGGUCUUGGUGAUUGAGGAUGGUGAAGUUGUUCAUCUCAAGAAUGGCAGUGUGUCAAUACUCAAGUUUGAUGAUGGCAAAGGAACUGCCAAUGGUACUAAUUCUAGGCCUGCUGCUGUGCAACGUGCAUUAUCCAUUCUUCAAAUGGAAGUAGAGCAAAUAAAUAAAGGGAAAUAUGAGCACUAUAUGCAAAAGGAGAUUCAUGAGCAACCAGAAUCUUUGACAACAACAAUGCGGGGUAGACUGAUUCACGGAGGCUCAAGCAAAGCCAAGACUGUUCUUUUAGGUGGACUGAAGGAUCACCUUAAGACAAUCAGGAGAAGCAGAAGGAUGGUUUUUAUUGGUUGUGGUACUAGCUACAAUGCUGCUUUGGCGGCAAGACCUAUAUUAGAAGAACUUUCUGGUAUACCCGUCACAUUGGAGAUAGCUAGUGAUUUAUUAGAUCGACAGGGACCUAUAUACAGAGAAGAUACGGUUGCUUUUGUUAGUCAAUCUGGUGAAACUGCUGAUACACUAAAUGCAUUGAACUAUGCCCUAGAGAAUGGUGCAUUAUGUGUAGGUAUCACAAACACUGUAGGUAGUGCUAUUGCAAGGAAAACACAUUGUGGUGUACAUAUAAAUGCAGGCUCUGAGAUUGGAGUGGCAAGUACAAAGGCUUAUACGAGUCAAAUUGUGGCAAUGACUAUGCUGGCUUUAGCAAUUGGAAGUGAUUCGAUUUCAAGUGAAGCAAGAAGAGAGUCUAUCGUUGAUGGUCUUGUUGAUUUACCAAGUAAAGUAAGAGAAGUAUUGAAGCUUGAUAAUGAGAUGAAAGAUCUUGCAAAAUUGCUAAUUGCUGAGCAGUCACUUCUUGUAUUUGGAAGAGGAUACAAUUAUGCAACAGCACUAGAGGGUGCGUUGAAGGUGAAAGAGGUUGCACUUAUGCACAGUGAAGGUAUACUUGCUGGUGAAAUGAAACAUGGCCCACUGGCUUUAGUUGAUGAAAACCUCCCAAUUUUUGUUAUCGCUACCCAUGAUUCAUGCUUCAGCAAACAGCAGUCUGUUAUUCAACAAUUGCAUGCUCGCAAAGGUCGAUUGAUAGUGAUGUGUUCAAAAGAAGAUGCUGCCUCUAUGAUGAAUGUUGGUAAAUAUGUUCGAGUGAUUAAAGUUCCUCAUGUCGAAGACUGUCUGCAACCUGUAAUUAACAUAGUUCCUCUUCAGCUUUUAGCGUAUCAUCUCACCGUUUUACGGGGUCACAAUGUUGACCAGCCUCGGAAUCUUGCAAAAAGUGUGACAACUGAAUGAAAAUGAUAGAUUAUUGACAAACUAUUUCUUUGGUUAAUUAUACAUGAAGGGCAAGUCAUUUGAACCCAGAUCAGGCUGUAAACUUGGGAUAUGGACUUGCUGUCUUCUUUGGUGUACUUCAGUGCCUUCCCUGGUACAACUAUUGCUGACAUUUCAGCUUAGGCAUAUUUUGGGAAUUAACCCUUGUCAGAAUUCGCCGCAGAGGCCAACUCAAGAUCUAGUUAACAUUACAUGUAGAUCAGUCCUUUCAAUAUAUGUACUUGUUUCAA